AUGAAGUCACCUCUCUCUCCCCUCGUCAAUUUUCUCCUCGUGGCCCUAAUGUUUCCAGGACCAUCCAGGGCCAGAAAUAUUAACCACCAAGGUACGGAGGGUCCCAGAGAACCUUGGGAAGAGUCUCCUGGACAAGGAAAAAACGAGUCUUACUUACUACACCACCGAGAAAAACGUCGCCUCUUACCACGCACCCCCCCUUACCUGGAACCUGAACCGGAUUUCAAAAUUGUCAACUGCAAGAAAAGUGAAGGCUACUGUCAAGAAUAUUGUAAUUACAUGGAAACACAAGUAGGCUACUGCUUAAAAAAAAAAUAUGCCUGCUGUUUGCAUCAGAACGUGUUGGUAUAG